AUGAGAUUAACAGUCGUCGCGUCUAUUUUUGGUGUCGCUACAGCCGCCGUCGCGGUCACCACCCACGCCACUGAUACCAAGCUGCUCUUUGGCGGUACGGUUGUCGCCUUUGAUUCGAAGACGGAGUCUCUCAACAUUAUUCGUAAUGGAUCCGUUUUGAUCCAAGGCGACCGCAUCGCGGCGGUGAACACCAUCGCUACACCAGCUGGCCUGCCCGAGGACACGGAAUUAAUCGACGUCACGGGUCAGAUUGUGACGCCCGGCUUCGUGGACACGCACCACCACGGCUGGCAGACGGCGCUGAAGACGCUGGGCUCCAACACCAGCCUGGCGGAAUACUUUAGUCGCUACGGCGAAUUUGCGGCGGCGGACAAGUACGAGCCCGAGGAUGUAUACCUAGGCCAGCUCGCGGGCCUGUACGAGGCCAUCAACGCUGGCGUCACGACAAUUUUGGACCACGCACAUCAUACUUGGUCCAACGACACUGCCUAUGCCGGCUUGAAUGCUUCUAUUGAAAGCGGCGCCCGCAUCUUUUGGGCCUAUGCUUUCCACAACAUUUCGUCACUCAACUAUACCGUGCCCGAUCAAGUACCCAACUUUCGCGAGAUUGCCGACAGCGGGCUGUUGAAGGGCUCUGCAGUAGAGCUCGGCAUCGCGUAUGACGCUUGGGGUCAAGAUGUUGAUGAAAGUCGGCAGGUGGCGCAACUCGCGCGGGAAUACAAUGUUUCCGUCGUCACGACGCACUGCCUUGCUGGAGUCUGGGGCAUACUCAACCAGCCGCGCGAUUUGGAUGUAUAUGGGAUUCUGAAUGACAGCAUUCCUGUUGUCUUUUCUCAUGCCAGUCUGCUCACAGCCGAUGAUGCUCAGCUGCUGCGGGCCAGAAACCAGUUCAUCUCCAUCACGCCCGAGUCGGAGAUGCACUACGGCCACACUCAUCCACACUCGCACUUGAUCCUAGAUCAGGCUUCCAUCGGAAUUGAUACACACUUUACCUACUCCACAGACAUCCUGACCCAGGCUCGUUUUUGGCUGCAGAGUGUUCGACGUCACUUAUUCACCAAUGUUCUCAACGAGUGGCGCAUUCCCACCAUUACCCCAAUGAGCGCAAGUCAGGCAUUCUUGCUCGCUACUCGAAAUGGCGGCCUGGCUCUGCGGUGCAAAGAUCUGGGCAUCAUUGAGGCUGGUGCCAAGGCCGACAUUGUCGUGUGGGACGCCCGACAGUCGCCGUCCCUGCUAGGGUGGCGGGAUCCCGUCGCCGCGGUGCUACUGCAUGCGAGCGUAGCAGACGUGCUCCAUGUGCUCGUGGACGGCCAGUUUCGAAAGAGAGAUGGGAAGCUGGUGGCUCUUGAUUAUCAAAACCUCCGUGAAAGGUUUCAGGCCAGUGCCGAGAAAAUACAAGACAGGUGGAUGCAGACACCGUACCCUGUGCUGGAAGGCCAGUUCAUGAGUGGCUGGGACUUUGAGGCACCCAAGGUUGUCGAUGUAGUCAGAGGCGGAGGGAAUAGCUAUACUGGCCCUCUGCUGGAUUGA